UUGCCAAAUUUGGACCUUCGUUCACUCGCUCCGUUACCAUACAAGGUAGUCUGCGGUGGCCCGCUUGUUUUCCCAAUCCAUUUCCAUCACACAACUCUGACUGAAUGGGUGAUUCUCUCAAGGGCCGGACACUCCCCGCUUUUGAAGAAACAAUUGAGAACUUGUGUGUAUGUGUAUGUGUAUGUGUGUGGAAUGGUGGUUGGAAGGACGAAUUUUCUCGAAUGGAAGGGCCUUUUAGAAUCCAAGGUCCCAAAGCUUAGGCCGCCCCCCGUCGUCUGCAAUAUGGAUCAAAGAUGUUUGACGAACCCCCCACUUGCUUUCAUCUCUCAGAGUGAUUCGUAACAAAUGCGUGCAGUCAUUAUGUAUGUACAACAGAGUAUCUUUCCUCCCCCCAACCAUCGCCCGCGCGCGUGCACUUACAUACAUAGAUCCACAUCAACACAUCUCAUUUGUUUUACAUAUUCCUUUCUCUCCUCGUGGCCUUGCAAACGGGGAAGAACUUCCAGCUUCCGUAAUUUUUCACCCGAAAAUGCAUUCCGUUCUAGAACUUCUUCCGACCCUUUUUUUUCCAUUCUGCCAUUCCAUCAACGGCCGGCCAAACCAUAAUUCGAUUAAUGCCCGCGCUUCAACGCUUUUUGCAGCGCUUACAAUAGCGCUGAAGCAAAACGUCGUCCAAGCAACGACCUUCCCCCCCAUACACACAACCGCAUCUUGGAUUUUACGUCUUACUCUGUGCGAAAGCGCGCGGUCUAUACAUUAUGGAGACAGUAUAGCCGCCCCCGUUUAUAUGAUCACCUCCGACCCCGACCCAACGCUGCUUCUUUCGUUUAUUCCCAUAACCCCAUACCCCUCCACCACCGCCCAUCGCUGUGAACAUUUCGUACGCACAAUCAUGCACGCCAUCAACCGCCAUUUGGGAGCCCCGGCCCUGACCCCCGGGCCAAGCCGAACCCCCCCGACCAUUGACCAUUCUGCACAUGAAGCAGUAUGGUCGCAUGACGUAGCGAAAUUCAACCUUGCGGCCAUUCCCCCAACUCAUGACACGCCCUUUAUUCCAUCAACGAUAAGGACCAAUUCAAUAUAGGGACCUCCGUGCCGAAACACGUGGAAGUCAUGUCGUAAAAGGGAUACAAAUUUCCCAUGCAUGCCAUGUCAAGAACAAGCGCGAACCCUUCCAGAUAUGAUAUAUGCAUAACCACACCUUUAUCGCCCAUUCACCCGGUACCCGUCCUUGCAUAGAGAAACGAUGCGAUAAGGAUGGAUAGAUAGAAAAAACGAAAUUCAAGGGGUGCAGU